AUGACAGAAGUCGCUCCAGCUGCAGCUCCAGCUCCAGCCGCCACCAAGGCUAAAGCGGCCAAGAAGAAGGUCGUGAAACCGAAGAAGGUCGGUCCCAGCGUCAGUGAGCUCAUCGUGAAAGCCGUGUCCGCGUCCAAGGAGCGGAGCGGCGUGUCAGUGGCCGCCCUCAAGAAGGCUCUGGCUGCCGGAGGCUACGAUGUGGAGAAGAACAAUGCCCGCGUCAACAACACCAUCAAGAAGCUGGUGGUCAACGAGACCCUGGUCCAGAAGGGAACCGGGGCCACCGGCUCGUUCAAGAUGAGCAAGAAGGUGGAGACCAAGGUCCAGAAGCCGGAGAAGAAGGCCGCUCCCAAAGCGAAGAAGCCCGCCGCCAAGAAACCCGCAGUGGCUAAAAAGCCCAAGUCAGCGGCAGCCAAGAAGCCAGCAGCCGCUAAAAAGUCCCUGAAGAAGGUGACGAAACCAGCAGCGGCCAAGGAGCCCACCAAGAGCCCCAAGAAGGUGGUGAAGAGCCCCAAGAAGGUAGCGAAGAGCCCCAAGAAAGCAGCGGAGAUCCCCAAGAAGGUGGUGCAAAAGGCGCCUGCUACCAAGAAAGCCCCCGCGAAGAAGGUCGCCAAACCCAAAGUGAAGAGGACAGCAGCCAAGAAGAAGUGAGAUGUCCUCACUGUGAAACAUGUCCAUCCUGGUAAAAGGCUCUUUUAAGAGCCACACACGUCUAUCCACAAAGAGCUGCUUCCUCAUCAAUCAUCACCACUGACAAUAAAUAUGUAGAGACAGAGUUCUUAACUAAAGGGAGUCAAGUUAUAUAGAAAGAUAUUACAUAUUUAUUUAAAUAAUGUAAAGAUUUUGAAGUUAUUUCAUAUCAAAACAUCAAAUAUUAUCAAGUAAUAUAAAACAUCUUUAGACUGCAGGAGAAGCAGAUUACUACUGACAUACUAUACUUCUUAAACACAUUUAUUGUUUUACUAUGUAUUUAUCGUAGUUUCCUCUUGUCUUUAAUUGCUAAAUAUAUAAGUGACACUUAGAAACUGUUUUUAAGUGUAAUGUAAUGACGUUGUGGGUGAGCUGCUUAGAAAAACGACGAUUUCGUCUUCAAAUCAUAUAUUUAUUUUGUAGUAACAUCAGGCAGCCAACAGAUGGCGCUGCUCUCCAAAUAUGUUAACCGGAACAACGUCCACUUCCAGAUGAACUCUCCGACAUGUCCUUUCAGAAGCUUUGUUUUCCAGUAGCUCAGCUGCUCCUGUUUUAUUGCAGCUACUUGUCUGUUCUGAGUC